AUGGCAAUAUUGCGAACUCGUAAUAAUUAUGACCAGCAAAGGAGAAGUGAGAAAGGCAUUUUGCCAAACAUAUCUGCUGCUGAUAUAGACAUGUUGAGAAAGCGGAAAUUUGAACAGUUUGUAAAAGGUACAAAGUUGAAAGCUGCUUCUGCAUUGCCUAGUAGGGAAUCUGAUAAUCGGAAAAAGGUCUUAAAUUCACACAGUUCAAACAGUACAUUGACUUUUGAGUAUAGUUAUCAGGGGAAAGUGAAUACCAUUACCAAUAUUACCUCUGCGGGUGAUAAAAUAAAAUUCAGUUCAGUAAGUAAGGUUCGUUCUCCGUUAUAUGACACUGAUGGAUCCGUUAAUGGUCCAAACCUACUGAGUUCAGAAAAUUUGACCACACCAGUGUUAAAAAAUUUCAAUGAUUUGGUUCAUAGUCCAGAUUCAUCAAGUUCAGGGGAGCCAAACCAGAAAAUUCAACAAGCAUUGGGGAUCAUCAAUAGUGAUGAUGUUCAAAAAUCGGUACCUGUGGUUGAUUUCAUUGAUUCACCUCAGCAUUUUUGUUCAGGUUACAGAGAUAAAAAACUUAAACAGAUUAUAAGGUUGGUUUCUAAUGGAGGUCAACUCCCAAGACCUGUUAUUCCUAUUGGGUCCAAGUUCCAGGCUGAAAUCCCAGAGUGGACAGGACUAGUUAACAGGAAAAAUGUAUAUGGUGGUGCUGAUGAUUCAAAGAAUUUGAAGUGGUUAGGCACCAGAAUUUGGCCCAUGAAAGGCAGUAGUGUAGAAACUAAUGUGACAGCAAUUGGCAAAGGGAGACUUGACUCUUGCUCUUGUGUCUCACCAGGCUCUAUUGAUUGCAUCAGAAGCCACAUUCUCACAAAAAGGCUUCUUUUGCAAUUUGAUAUUGGUCCUGCUUUUAAGAGUUGGAAGUUUGAUGAGAUGGGAGAAGUUGUUUCAAAGUCCUGGACAUCGAAUGAGGGACAAAAAUUUGAAUUACUUGUGAAAAAGAAUCCACUAUGGAGUGGAACAAACUUUUGGGAGCUAGCCUUGAAGCAUUUUCCAUCCAAGUCCAAGAAAAGCAUGUUGAGUUAUUACUUCAAUGUGUUCAUUCCUAGACGUAUGAGCCAACAGACCAGUUCUACCCCUGAUGACAUUGACAGUGACGAUGAUCAGGCUGAUAAUGCUGAUGAUUCCAUUAAGGAAUAGCAUUGCAUUUUGUAAAUAAUGUAAAGCUAGGAGUGAUGUUAAGCAGUUCCAAAAGAUUUCAGAACUCCACACUCGCAGUGGCCUUGUGUUUAGUUUGUAGAUUGAUGAGUAGGCUAACACCCUUUGGGUCAAAAAAUUUGGUAGAAUGUGUUUACA